AUGGAGCAGUCAGCACCGCAGAGUAAUGUGCCGGAUGUGCGCCGUUCCUCAGUAGCACAAGGCUCUCUGGCCCCUGAAUACUGGAACCACAUCGACCCUUUGUACUCGUCGGGGCCGGACCCCCUGCAGUUGUUGCAGCAGCAGCCACAGCAGCAACCGCUGGGUAUCAACUGGGACCAUCCAAUUUUCACACAGCAGCAUCAACAACAACAGCAACCCCAGCAACAGCAGCAAAACCAUCUCCAACCUCAGCAGGAGCAUAAUCAGGCCAUUUUCUCUACAGCUCCCCAGUCAUGGCACCAAAAUUCGGCCUUGGCGCAGCCUACGAUGUCGCCUGGGCCGCAGAACUACGCUAUUCCACAGCAGCGCCAGUAUCAGAUACCUCACUAUCCCCAGGGACAGGUGACUUACAAUUCUCCGUCUCUAAGUCCCUCGAAUAAUUUGUCCUACCACUCUCCCUAUUCUCUUCCGAAUCAUUACUAUCAGACGUCUCAUGCUCCUUCUGUUCCGGAAACAUACACCCGGCCACCACUUCAAAACAUUGCUCCACGUCCUUCACCCAACCAGCCGGUCCCCAUUCGUCCUAAUAAUGUCCAACGACCGCUCAAUCAUCAAUAUAUCUUGCCAGCAGAGUACCAGGACAGCAUUUCUAACUCUGUCAAUUUCCCAAACAACUACUUGGACUCCAAUUCGAAUGUUUCGUAUCAACAAACCAUCAAUCCCCAAUUCCUAACGUCACCUCCUGCGUCCACGCAGUCUCAGGUCGAGCCCCAGAAUGAGUUUCUAUUUUACAACCCGGCAGCGUCGACUUACGAACGCCCAGAUAGUUCAAAGAACUAUCAAGGCUAUCAUGAGAACCUGGAGGCUUUACCACAAGUUGACCAGUUUACAUCGCAGCCGCUUACCUCACAGCAAACUGAGCAGAUUCAACCUGCUUCAGUACCAGACACGGCUCCGCAAGUAGUUGUACCUGUCUCCGCAGCUCCCGGCCCGGAAGGUUUAACAGUACACGCAGCUCCAGAGGCUCCCGAAGCCGCCAAACCGGAGAAGGCGACUACGCCUCGGAAAAAGAAAGCUAGUCCGACAAAGCCGGCACAACCAAAGCCCAAAAAGACCGCGAAUAAAGCCGCUUCGAAGAAAGCCGACGCCAAAUCAGCUUCCUCAGACUCGGAUAGUGACAGUUCGGAUGACUCAGAGUCCGACAUUGAAGUUCAAGAAGAGCCUUCUCCUCUUCCACCUACGCGUCCCGAUAACCCUGAAGGAGCCGCUGAAUACGACGCUCUGAAAGCUGUAUGGGCACCCCGUAACAGGCGACCAAAUGUUGAAAAAAUUAAGAGCGCUCUGGUAGCGUUCAAAGAUGUUGUCAAAUCCGUAAGGGAUGAGUGGAAGACGCAGAGUCAGGCCAUGAAAGAAGCAGAAAACAAGUCCGAAAACGAUAAAGCCGCGGAACUGAAAAAGAAGGUCGUCUUGCAACGGCACGUCAUGGAUGUGGUCGUGCGCACCACUCUAGAGAAGGGCCACCCGGUCAUCGUUGAAAAGUAUGUCCUUUUCCUGUUUGAUUCCCUCACCUUUUUAGCAGAUCAUCGUCGUCGCCGUCGUCAUGGCUGUAGAAGUCUGAAGCGAAUUGAGAACUACUACCAUGUAACCCUCCUGGCGUGGAUAACCAGCGCAUUUAAGGAAUUAUUCACUACCCGUAAAGGCACGUUAUCUUCUAUCACACCGAUGGCUUAUACAAGUCAAGUAUAUAUCCUAGGUGUUGGAGGAUUGCGGACCUUCGCAGGUAAACAUGUGCGACUAGGAGAACACCCAAUAGCAGUCUCCGCCCUGUAUUCAUUUCUUCUCGAUCGACAUCAGGCAUCCGAUUACGACGGGGUGUUGACCGUCAAUAUCCUCAAGUUACUCGCAAAAUUUACCACCAUGGAUGAGGACGUACUUCAGAAGACCAAUGUCAUGAAGCUUCUACCCAGAAUCAUCAAAAAGGGAAGUCAGCCCGUGAAAGACCUUGCCCAGAAAAUUGUCGACAACGCAGCUGCAUCGACCAAGAGGAAGCAGGAGGGUUCUAAGGCAGCAUCUGCCAAAGAUGAGCAGCCUAGCAAAAAUUCGGCUUCUGAAUCUACAAAUGAUACGUCCGGAUCGGACUCUGUGGCCGGAACAAAACGUCCGCGCGAAGGUGAAAGCAAUGGCUUUCCUGCGACAAAACGGACUGUGACUACAUCAACGGUCAAAAACGGUCCUUCUGCAGCGAAACCUGGCAACGGCAACACGGCCGCUACCAAGCGUCCUGAAGGAUCUGCGGAGGCUAAGCCAACAUCGUCUACAACUGCUCCUGCAUCGGCCCGCCCCAAAGCCAGCAUCGUUGCUCCGAAGCCGACGAGUCUCUUUAACAGUCUCGCCUCUGCAUCCAAAAAGCCUGGCACUUCAAACGCAGCACGAGCUGCUGCUGCCGCCGCUGCAAAGGAGAAGGCAACUGCGGCUGCCGAGAAAAAGGAUACUCCCCAACCACCGCCACCACCUAAGCCUACCUUGUCCUUUGGGGAUAUUCUCGCAGGUCUUAGCAAGUCAGAAGAAUCCUCAUCUGCGAAACCAGCUGAGAACAAGCCUCCAGAGACAGAAGAGGAGCGUCAAAAGCGGCUUCGCAAGGAAGCAAGACGCAAGUUGAGAGUCAGCUGGAAGCCUGAUGAUUGUCUUACUGAAGUCCGUCUGUUUACGCACGAUCCUGAAGAGGAGAUCGGUCCAAACGAUGGCCUGAAACGCGGUGUCGGGGAUAUUAAAGGAGAAGGCCGUGUGCUCAAGAUGCAAAAGAACCUUGACGUGGAGGAUGAGGAAGAAGAAAUGGUUAAUGAGCAGGAGUUGCGCAAAUAUGAAGUGCCUUCUGAAAUCGACUUCGACGAUUUCCCGUACGAGGAUCGAAUAAGAAACUUUGUCAAGCGUGGAGGCACUCUGCAGCCGGAUAGUCCCGAGAAGGAGGCACAAGAACGUCGUGAGGCGACUACAUUGAUGGUAUUCUAUACAUCGCCCGGAGACAUUCCUCCGUCUCCUAAAGAGCCACCACCUCCUGCUGAAGAUGAGCCUGUGACCGAAGAAGUCGCAUUCGGUCAGCCAGGCGACCACGUCAAGGCUCGUGAGGCCCGAUACUUCGCGAUGAUGAAUCCUCAGUCAACAUCCUCUCCUCAAACGACGGCACCUCCGCAGGCGGCGAUGCCGAGCGGCCAACUUGAUAUCCUCGAACUUCUUAAACGUCUCCAGAAGACACCUCAGCAGCAGCCUACUCCGCCCCCACAGCCCGUUAAACAAGCCUCCAUGUCGGAUCUUGAAAGAACCGUUAAUAUGUUCCUGCAACAGCGAAAGCAGCAACAACAACAGCUGCAACAGCAGGGACAACAGGCAGCUUUCCAGAUGCCACAAGUUUCAACUCCAGCGUCCCAAUCUACUGAUUUUCAGAACAUAUUUUCAAUCCUCAACGCACAGAAGCAGAUGCAGCAACCAGCAGUCUUUCCGCAAAUCCCACAGUCGCAGCCCAUUGUCCCCCCCAAUCUCGCGGCAAUUAUAUCGCAACUCAGCGGUAACAGUCAACAGGUUUCCCAGCCUCAGCCGCAGUCUCAGCCGCAGGCACAGGCGCAGGCACAGGCGCAGGCACAGGCGCAGGCACAGGCGCAACCUCAAAACCAGGUGUAUGAGGAUCCGGAACGCAGGCGACUGCGCGAGAUGGGAGGGCGUGAUGGUACUCCUGACGACAGACAGAGCAAGCGACCAAAGAUGUAUGUGGACCCAAAGGCGAAAAAACAUCCCAAAGCUGGCUCGGUGCCCUGUCGGUAUUGGCGUGAAGGCAAAUGUCUGAAGGGUGAAGACUGCACUUUCCGUCACGAUCCCCUCGAUUGA